CUCGAGCGACAUUCUGUAAAUGGUCAGGUUAUACGAAACAUAUAGUUAGUUGGGAGGAUAUGCAGAAACGCCUCAUUUUCGAAUUAGGUUUGUUUGUGUUGUGUUUGCACUGUUUGGACGAAAUAUGCUCGCGAAAUGGGAGUUAAACUGCUGGUACUUCUGGGUCUUUUUAUAGGCGUGCUAUACGGUCUGCACAUAUUAGCACAGGACUACCAAGCGAUCACCAAGCCCAAAGUUCUUCGAUUUCUGUUCAAAAGGGACCUCAAGUACGCUACGAAUUACAACGCUACAGUAAGAUGGAGGAAAAUAUUGCAGUACGAUACAAUGCAAUGCGCGCGUUUGCUCUAUUGUGAUCUGGGAGCACAUUUGCCGGACAAUGAGUUGCGGCGAGGCUUCACCUACAUGCUCGCACUAGCUACCAAAGAAGAGGAUAACGCUGCACUGGAGGAAUUCAAGUCGGCGUACUUUCAUGGCAGAAUGCUUCGCGAUAAUCCAGCACUAUGCAGAGAGAAAUAUCCGUCGUGUCCGUUUAAAGCUGUGCUUUUAUUCGAUUUGCUCCACUAUUUGCUGCAUACCCUUUAAAGAUAACGGACUGUGACACGCGAGUAACACACGGAUUUUCGAGUAACAACGUUUUUUUGUUUGCUUGCUCGGAACAAGC